GAGCCCGAUGGAGCGGGCAGCCCCGACAGCGGUCGGGUGGCCCUUCCCGCGGGGGGCCUGGCUCGACGCAGCGCUGAACGGCGAGCUGGUGCCGGGGCUGCCGCUGGCGGCUGGAGCUCGGGUCCUGGCGCGGGUCAAGGACGACUACGGGGCGCCACAGGGCGUCGAGAUGCUCGAGGUGGAGGUCGCCUACCAGGCAGACGCAUUCGGCCGGUACUUCAAGGGCCGGCAUGUGGGCGCCAGCGACCCGUACUACUCGUGGUAUGCAGCCUCCUGCGGGCAGCGGGGCGCGCGGUCCCUGGCCACGGUCUUCCACCUCUGCAAGUGCAGCGCCGACGAGUGCGGGGCGGUCGCUCCUGUGGGCGCAGUGGUCGAGCACUUGGACGUGUGGCAGGUGGUGGACCCCCGCGACGUGGCCCGCGAGCAGGCGAAGCUCAUCUGCCCGGCCGCGGAUCCUGGAGCGCUUGUGAUGACCGAUGCGCCCGCGGCCGAGCCAUUGCCUGGAGAGCUCGGCGGCUGGCCGCUCGGGGAUGGGGGCAACGAGGACGAGGAGGAGCCUCGAGGGCCGCCGCGCAAGCGGGCCCGCGAGGUGGAGGGCACCCCGACCCCAGGCGGACCAGGAGAGGCGAGCCCUCUCGACCAGGAGAUUGCAGGGCUCGAGGAGACUGCCGAGGACCCAGAGCUCGAGGCGCGGCUGGCGCGGCUCGGGGGCAGGGCAGCUCGUGGUGUGCCGAGGCAGGGCACGCCCAAGAACGCUGCGCGCCCAGCAGGUGCGGUAGGCGAGCGCCUGGCGCAGGUGGUGGCCGGCCGAGCCGCCGCUGCUGCCCCUGCGCGCGCAGGCGCCGCUGGGUCGAGGACCAGGCUGGCAUCAGCCUUGACCGCGGCGCUCCUGGGCCGCGACGACGACGACGCGGAGGACGGCGCGGAGAGCGACACGGAGCGCCUUGGGGGCCGCGACCGCUACCAGGGCGUGGGCAUCAAGCGGGACUUGUUCCGCAGGAUCGCUCGGCAGCGGCCCGGCGCUCUCCUCGAGAACGGGCUCGGCCACCUGCGCAGCCAGUUCGCCCAGCAGUUGUCCGCAGGCGAGGCCGACCCUCUGGCCCCGUGUGUCACGCAGUUCUUGAACACGGUGUUCUUCGUUGCUCACCCGCCGCGGACGCUGGGGACGGACGAGGUGCGGGUCCUCCGCGCGCUGGGACUGGCGCUCGACGGCAUCCUGCGCGGAGAGGUCGUCGAGACUGCGGAUCUGCUCAUGCAGGAGUUCAAGGCGCGGACGAUGGCCAUCCGCGACGGGAACUGGCGGUCGGCACGGUGGCUCACGCUGGUCGCGCAGGAACAGCUUCCAUCAGGCGCCUCUCUGGACGAGGAGAACGCUGCCGAGAAGGUCGAGGCCCGGGAGCUGAAGGUCGCCGAGCUCCGCCAGCGACUUGCAGACCGCAGGACCAGCCGCAGUCCCACGCGGUCGGUCCAGCUCCUGAGCGACUCCGAGGGGGACCUCGACGCAGCAGCCGCCGCCCGCGUGCCACCAGCGGACGCGGCAGCAGGCCGGAGCUUCGCGCAGCACAAGGCGGCCCACCCGAGGCGCGAGGGCGAGACCCAGGACGGCCUGGGUUCGGGCGUGAGGGCCGACGCGGCUAAGGCCGCGGCCCCGAGCACGCCCCUGCCUGCCCUCCGCCCGCCUGAGCGGCAGCUACGCGGCAGCUCGCAGGCUCGGCGGUGGCGCCAGAUGCUAGCCGAGGUGGGCACGGGCGUCAGCUCCAAGUUCAGGCUCGCCCUCGCGGCCCACGAAGCGGUGCACGGUUCGCCAGGGGCGAUCGGGCGGUACGUUCGUAGGAUGUGCACUUCGCCAGACCCCGCGGCCAGCUUCGCGCGGCUGCGCGAGGUGUUGCCGUUACCGUUGCCCGACGCCCCGCUCUUCGAGAGGUACCGCGCCGCCUGGCACCUACACCAGCAGCUGCCGGAGACCUGCGAGGUGGACGCCGCCACGGCGCAGGGGUGGGCCCAGCUCGUGGUCUUCAGCCUGAACUACCAGUACACGGGGCACAUGCGUUGUCCAACCGUCGCCGCGAGGCGGCCCACGGCAAGUCAGAUCAGUGCGCUCGGCAUUGUGCAGGAGGCCUGUGAGUAUUUCGUUCAGGAUGCCGCCACAUCUUUCGAGCUCCCGGACUGGGACCAGGUCAUCGCGUCGAGGACCGUCUCCUACGGGGGCGAGGAGACGUCCCGCGCCCUGCCACUCUCGCUUGCGGGGAUCAUGCCAGGCCUCCCCGCGCGGGGCGUCGCCGCCUCUGUCAAGGCGCUCGACAUCGCGGACGCUCAGGUGGGCGCCUGGCUUGCCGACCCCACGCUGGCCUUGCUCCCUCGAGAUGAGUGGCCUGCAGAGGUCCCGCGGGCGGCGAUCCAGGUCACGUCCAAGCAGGAGUGGUACAGUAUCGGGACCAAGCUCGUCGAGCUGGGGCUGGCUGCGCCGAUCGCCGACGACCGCAUCUUCAAGGUCGGGAACCGCAAGGUGCUCGCCGGGGCGUUUGGUGUCGCCAAGGGUGGCACGCCGUCACCUGGCCAGGCGUGCGUCCAGCGCCUGAUCAUCAACAUGGUCCCGGCCAACAGCUACCAGCGCAUCAUGAGGGACGACAUCGGGACCCUUAGCGCGUCGCCCUCGUGGGUCGCCAUCCCGCUCCCAGAGGGCCACAUGCUGCUUUGGUCGUCAGAUGACCAAGCCUCCGCUUUCUACUGCUACGAGCUGCCCGAGGCUUGGCAGCCGUACAUGACCCUCGCGGAGGCGAUCCCGAACGAGCUCAUCGGCGUGCCGGGUCCUGGGAAGACACACCUCGCGCUGCGCGUCAUCCCGAUGGGCUGGAUCAACGCGGUCACGGUGUUUCAGCACUGCCACAGGCGCCUCGGGCUCGGCUCUCGCCCCCUCGCUGCGGGGUUUCCCGCGGAGCUCGAGUGGCGCAAGGACCGGCCACUUCCGUUCAAGUCGAAGGAGCUCGAGCAGCAGUGGAUCCAGUACUACAUCGACGACUGGGACCAUGGCGAGGUGGUGCCCAACGCGAUGGUCGCGGAGCUCCUCGGCACGAUGAGCUGCGCGCAGGAGGAGCAGAGGGCCGCCUACGGCCGCUCGGGGGUCAGCGUCGCCCCCGGCAAGGCCAAGCACCGCGCGCUGGUCCUGGAGCGGAUGGGCGCGGGUCUUGACGGGGCCGUCGGCCGGGUCGGGGUCACGACCGAGAAGCUUCACCAGCUGCUGGCGUUCAUCCUGUGGGGCAUGGGCAGACAGGGCCUCUCGUCGCAGGGCAUGCUCAUGAUCCUAGGCAGGUGCGUCAGGGCAGCGGAGUUCAGGAGGCCUUUCAUGGGGUUCCUCAACAGCGUGUGGGCUGCUGGGCGCUGGACGCGCCCGCAGGCUGUUCCCCUUGGCAUGUGCGACGAGCUCUUGGGCUUCGCGAUGGCGCUGCCGCUGGCAUACACCGACCUGCGCGCAAGGAUCGACACUUGUGUCAUUGCGACCGAUGCCAGCGAGCGCGCCGGGGGCAUUUGCCACACGGCCGGGCUCUCGGCGCAGGGCGUUGCCUGCGCGAGAGGGGGAGCAUCAGCAGUGACUUUGCGGCCUGGUGCAGUUGCGGCUCCUGUGCGUGGUGUGCGGUGGCGCCCUCGCAUAGUUCUCAUCGAGCUCUUCGCUGGCGCUGCUGGGGCCGCGGUGGCGGCCUCCAGACUCCCGAUCGACGUGAUGGCCCACGUCAGCUGCGAGGUCGAGCCCGCUGCCCGGCGACUGGUGCGUCGCCGCUGGGCGGGCGUGAUUGAGCUUGGCAACAUCGAGGCCGUCGACGCGGCGCGGUUUACUGAGAUGCUGAAGGGCUACGCGCGGGACGCCGACUGGGUCGAGGCUCCUUUCCGGGUCCCCGAGCUGAUCCAGGCAGCGGAGGCUGCCUUUCCCAAGCGCACCAUGUGGUUCGUCGAGAACGUGUUCAGCAUGACCCUAGAGUCGAGGGCGGAGUUCACCAGGGCGCUUGGAGUCACGCCCGUGUUCCUCGAUGCCAGGUGUCUCACUCACGUCAGGCGGCCCCGCCUGUACUGGUGCUCGUGGCCGGUCACGGCGUUCCUGGCGUCCGACGCCACCGUCGAGACCAAGGGUGUGGGAGAAGCCGCGUACUUCAAGGUCUCGUUAGCGGUGGAGAGGCUCCCACUGAGUGCCUCGCUCCUGGAGGGCUGGUCGACGCUGGACCCUGAGGCAGACCUCCCGUGCUUCACGAGGCCAAUCCCGCGAAGCCACCCGCCGUUCCGGCCCGUGGGCCUCGACCGCGCCUCGGUGCUGGCCGCGGAGCGCUGGGCUGCCGACAGCUACCGCUACCAGGUCAACAACUACGAGGACGGCAGCCUCAUCUGGGACGCGAGGCGUGAGCGGGGCCGGCUGCCCGUGCCUGAGGAGCGUGCUGCUCUGAUGGGGUUCGACCGUCUCUAUUUCCAGGCCGCUGUAAAAGAUAGUGCCCCCGCCGCCGAGCGAGACAGCGUCAUUGAGUCCCUGAUCGGGAAUACGUUCUGCGUCCAGGCUGUCAUGUAUCUUCUCGGCUCGUGGCUCGCUCAAGUGGGGGCGCUAGCGGCCGCCAUCCCAGGCAGCAGCUGCCUCGCUGUGGGCACGUGCGAGGCGAACUGGAACGUGGUCCCCGACUUCCAGCAGCCGGGACAUCACGACCCGCAGUUGGAACGCAGCCUGAUCGUAGAGUUCCUGCGGGUCGCGGACCGCGGGGGCACGGACGUCCGGCUUGACACCGGGGCGCCCUACCGCGCCCGCGCGUGGCCGCGGGCAGCACUCCGUACGCACCUCUGGGCCUGGCGGAUCGCCAAAGGCUUUCGCUGGCAGCGGCCUGGGCACAUCUCGGCGCUGGAGCUGGAGGCUGCGGUGGCUGGAGCGCGCUGGAGGUGCCGGGCAGUUGAGAACCACCGCUGCCGCUACCUGCACAUUCUGGAUGCCCAAGCGAUCGCGGCAGUCGGCACCAAGGGCAGAUCGAGCGCGAGGGCUUUGCAGCCAGCGCUCCGCCGGCUCAACUCCCUGCUCCUCGCGACGGCAGGGUACCCGCUGUACGGCUACUGCGACACCGACGACAUGCCCGCCGACACGCCGGCCAGGAGGGCCGCCCCCGGCAAGCGUGCAGCGCAAGCAGCAGCAAAGGUGAGCCAGGUCACGGCCCAGGCGAUGGCGCGACGAUCUGCAGCGAGGUCCCAACCGCUGAGGGAGGCGAUGGUCACGCCGCUCACCCUGCAGCGGUACCGUGCGGCGGUCGAUGAUGUCGUUGAUUUCUGGAUCCAGGAGCACCGGCAGCCGCAGACGCCCGCUCAGGUCGACGCUGGCGUGGCCGCCUUCAUCGAGAGCCGUUGGCUGAGCGGAGGAUCUUUAUUUGAGAUUAAUAAUGCAAUCGCAGGCAUCACGCACGCAUUCCCGCCCGUGCGAGGGCACCUGCGGGACAGCUGGCGCUUGGCCAAGACGUGGCAACGCCUGGAGCCAGCUGGGCGGGCGCUGCCGAUCGGGCCGCUGAUUGCGGCAGCGUUCGCAGGGGCAUUUGCGGCCGUGGGCCAGCUGGGCGCUGCGGCGGUGCUGGCAGCAGGCUACGACGCAUUCCUCCGGACGGGUGAGAUGACCUCGCUCGUGUGGUCCGACGUGCAGCUGUAUCCACUCCGCCAAAUGGCCGUGCUGCAGCUGCGCAACACCAAAAGCCAGCAUCAGACUGGUGCCCGAGAGUUCGUGCUCGCGCGGAGCGGCGUAGCGGUCGCCCUCCUCGCCAGGGCAAAGGCUCAGGCGCACAAGCAGGACUUGUGCCUCGGGAUGGAGCCAAGCAGUUUCAUGUGCACCUUUGGCCGCGUGCGUGAGCUGCUGGAGCUGCAAGAUGCGAAGCUCACCCUCUACAGCUGGCGUCGGGGCGGCGCGUCCGCCGACUUCCGCAGCCACGGCUCCAUGGAGCAGACGCUGCUCCGAGGCAGGUGGGCCUCGGCGCGCACGGCCCGCUUGUAUGUCCAGGAUGCCGUCGCCGAGGCCACUCAAUUAAAUCUCUCGCCCACGCAGCGGAGGCGCUGCGGCCUGCUCGCGUCCCGACUGCGAGCAGAAGCGAGAUGA